AAGUAAUUUUUACUAGCACUUUUUUUUAACUUUUAGUGGAUUUUUCUAGACUACAGUAUAAUAUUUUAGUGGUAAAUGACUUCCCAGGUUACAUUCGCUGUCUCCUGGGCGUCAUCUGGUGGCUUAAAUUACACAUAGCAACAAGACAAGCCGGUCAUGUGACCAAAAUCCCGGAAGUCAAUCGGCACAGCGGAUAAACAGACUAGCCAGACUUCUCAAACUAGCAUGGUUCGUUGUUUCAUCAUCCACACCGUGUGCCCGAUCACCGCCCUCGCUCCAGGGGAGAGCAGGGUUCUUUACUCCCGCGUCUUCGGACCGGACGAGGCUGUAUUUCAUGGCGAGGAGCAGCAGCAGCUCAACCCGAAGCAGAGGCGACUUCUCUCGGCUGAGAAGCUCGCCGUGGUGGCUCGGCAGGUGCACAGUGCCGUCUCCAUGUCCCGGGAAGCUUCCGGGCGUCCUCUGAUGGAGGCGCUACCUGGGGAGGAGGCUUUGGCCCUGCAGGAGGCCAACAGCGGCGUGGUGCGGCUCCGGUCCGGAGACCCCUUUUCCGAGGAGAUGAGCGCACUGUGGAUUGCCGUGCAAAGUUUGGGGUUUGUGAUGGUGUGCGAACCCUACGAGAACCUCAUUCUGGCGGAGGGAACCCUCCGGAACCUGAUCAGACACUGCCUGGAGCAUCUGCACUUGUUGGGCCAAGGCAGCGAGGUGCUGCUGAAGAGCAACCGCAUCGACGUUCUCCUUAGCCGCCUGCUUCCUCACGGCCAGCUACUCUUCCUCAACCACCGCUUUGCUCAGAGUCUGGAGAAGGACGUGGUGGCCGACAUGAACAAAUGAGCGUGCUGAUUGGCUGGCGUGGUGCCGCCAUGGUGCUGCAGGAAUCUUCUGCCAAAGCAACAAGAGCAGAGCUGGAUAGUCGGUAGCGCUGUGGUGCAAAGCAAAGAAGAUGAGAUGGAGCAUCAAGGGUGCCCCUGAUUGGAUCUGGCACACCUUCAGCCUCACAAAACAUUUUUUGUAGAUUCUCCAAAAACAUUUAAGGGUGGACAGGGCUUCUUUACCGCCCCGCCCUCACGUCCCCUCCUCCUGAGAGGGAUGAUGGGUCCAGAGCCGACAAUGUCACAGUCCAUCUCCAUCCCGUCUUCCCUCCUUGCAGCAGCAGCAGCAUCAGCCUGAAGCUCCAACAAAAGAAGAAAAAAACAUUUUUCUCUCAAAUGUGCCGAGUGGUCAUUGAAUACGCUCACUUUAAGGACUUUUCAGGCUAAUAUUUCUCCUUCUCCCGCAUCAUUAGACGUCUAUUGUACCAAUGUGGGGGAAAUGUGCUGGCUCCCCAGCUGGGACAAGGUCUGAAUUUCAAUGUGAGGCCACUGGAGCUCCGUAGUGGAGCGUUAGCUGUGAAAUACCUCCUCGCCGCCGCACUUGAUGCGCUCACGUCUCACAUUAUUUUUCACUAAAUCGGAAAGCAAAGGGAUGCUCGGCGGUGAGCGCCGUUAAUGUCAACAAUGUCCGCAUCUUUCAUACUUUCAUGCAACAUUCCUCUUAAUACAAGCCAUCAUGGCCAUAUUGUGAUAUGUCUUUCAGUGGGUGGCACAGUGGUCUCGUGGUUAGCGCGCAGACCUCACAGCUAGGAGACCAGGGUUCAAUUCCACCCUCAGCCAUGUCUGUGUGGGUUUCUCCGGUUUCCUCCCACAUUCCAAAAACAUGCUAGGUUAAUUAGCUACUCCAAAUUGUCCAUAGGUAUGAAUGUGAGUGUGAAUGGUUGUUUGUCUAUAUGUGCCCUGUGAUUGGCUGGCCAAUCACCCCGCCUCACGCCCGAAGACAGCUGGGAUAGGCUCCAGCACCCCCGUGACCCUCGUGAGGAAAAAGCGGUAGAAAAUGAAUGAAUUAAUGCCUUUCAGUUACAUAAUGUGCCUUUAAUAUUGUUGUCGCUUCUCUGUUGUAAUGCAGCUAAUUACACAGCACAGGAAGUAGCUCUUUUAGCUUCUCUCAUCUUACAUUUCCACUUUUUAAAUCCAUUUAUUCCCAAAGGCAUCCGUCGCAGCCCUCAAAUAGUCGAUUCCCUGCAACCAAACAAACUUUACUUUUAUACCCUAUUUGUUUUUAAUUGGCCAAGAAAAGAGCAGAAAGAAGGCGCUGUUUGCCUUCUGUGGCGUGUUUUUAUUCUUGUAUAUUAUCGUAUAUGCAUAUCCACAUGGCGUACGCGUCUUACGAUUGUCCUGUGGUCAAACACCAUCAUCAUCCUCUCAAACCAGAUCAUAUUUGUUGAGAGUGCCGGCUGUAAAAUGUUACAACCUCCGCCCGCCUCACAGUAAAUUAGCAUUUAUGGUGAAACGGCGCUGAGGUGGCGUGCGUUAAUGGACCGUAGCCUUCCUUGUCUGCACGCCUCUGAGCUUUAAGAACCACGUCCAGCCAGGCCCUGGACCGCAGUACGCGCUCUUUGUCACUCUUAGACCUCAUGCAAAUGACCUUCCCCGCUUGAUUAAAAGCUUUUUUGUCAUUUUGUUUUCUUCAUUGCUUGGCUUUUUAUUGCACAAAUUAAA